UACAGUGCAUCUGACCCUUCACCCACUUCCAGCACUGUGAGUUCUCACACUUCUCAGCGCUAUAUAAGGCUGAAAUAACCGAGCCUACCUUACCCACUGCUUCACGACUAGCAGCAGCCACUCACAAAUCAGGAUGUUAUCCUAUCUUACUCGCUGGAUGUCCAGAGGUGCUUUCCAGGCACUGAAGGGGGCAAGCAGUCGGCCUCAACUGGUCAAGACACCUCAUAUUGGGAAUCAGACUCUGGCAGUGGCUCCUCUGCCCUUCACUGGGGGGAGUCCAGGAGUAAGGCAGGCCCGGGCAAUGGACCAGGAGAGACUACUGCAGAUUGAUUGGGAUGAUGGAAGUUGUAGUUUGUAUCCAUUCACCUGGUUAAGGGAUAACUGCCAGUGUCCUCACUGCACACUGCAGUCCGCACAAGCACGCUGUCUGCUGUUCACAAAUCUGGACGUGCACACUGGAAUGGACCAAGUACAGCUGAUGGACAAUAAGGUGUCCAUUACUUGGCCUGAUCAGCACAGUAGUGAGUUUGAUCCUGACUGGCUGAAGAAACGGUGUUUUUCCUCUGAGGCAAGACAGGCUCAGCAAGAGGAGCUCUUCCUUAAUGAGCGUGAAUACUGGGAUUCAAGUCUGCAGAUCCCUACAGCUGACUUUGAGGAAGUUCUACACGAUGACAAGGCUGCCCUGGCCUGGCUAGAGGCUCUGAGACGCAUUGGCAUUGUCUACCUGAGGGGGGCGCCAGCAGAGCAGGGCCAGGUGGCCAGACUGAGUCAGAGGAUUGGCUAUCUACGCCUCACCUUUUAUGGGUAUGGACUAUAUCAUCAUCAUCAUCAUCAUCAUCAUCAUCAAAACCUUAUUAAGGACACACAUGGUCCAAAAACACAGACAAUACAGAGCCCCAGGAGCUCGCUCAAACUGGCCAAAAAGCAGCUUCACCUGACCCAGACUGGAACAAAAAGCACUGCAUCUGCCAAAUCAAAACUUCACUGGCUAGGGAUCUUCAGACUGAAGGAGGAGGCCAUGGGUGGUGAGAGUGAAGUGGUAGAUGGGUUUCACAUGGCGGAGCAGCUCCGUAGGGAGGAUCCUGAGGCGUUUAACAUCCUCUCCUCGCUCAGGGUGGAUUUCACAGACAGCGGUGCUGACUACUGUGACUUCAGCGUGCAGUCCAAAAACCACAUUAUAGAUGUGGACUCUGAGGGUCGGGUGACGAGGAUCAACUAUAACAACGCCACACGAGACUCGGUGCUGGAUAUGCCUGUGCAUCAGGUUCAGCCCUUCUACUCGUCUCUAAAGGCCUUUGUGGAGCUGCUCAGCAGGCCUGAAAACGUGCAGUUCCUGCAUUGUGUCCGUCAGGCUGCUCAGGGCGGAGAGAGUGAAGUGGUUGAUGGGUUUCACAUGGCGGAGCAGCUCCGCAGGGAGGAUCCUGAGGCGUUUAACAUCCUCUCCUCGCUCAGGGUGGAUUUCACAGACAGCGGUGCUGACUACUGUGACUUCAGCGUGCAGUCCAAAAACCACAUUAUAGAUGUGGACUCUGAGGGUCGGGUGACGAGGAUCAACUAUAACAACGCCACACGAGACUCGGUGCUGGAUAUGCCUGUGCAUCAGGUUCAGCCCUUCUACUCGUCUCUAAAGGCCUUUGUGGAGCUGCUCAGCAGGCCUGAAAACGUGUUCACGUACAGAAUGGAACCAGGUGACUUGGUGACUUUUGAUAACUGGCGUCUGUUGCAUGGCCGAAAGAGCUACCUGUCACGAGGUCAGAACUCAAGACAUCUUGAAGGAGCAUAUCUGGACUGGGAUGAGGUCAUGUCCCGUUUCAGGAUCCUCCGGAAAGCUGUCCGUGGAGAUAGCUAGACACUUCUCUUCAUCCUCCACAGUACAGUUAUGAUAGGAAGCAAAGUUGAUGUCUAAUCCGUACUCUGGAUUUAAGCUAGCGUUGCUUCGUGAUAACUUUAAAAACAUAUCUUCACUGUAGAAAGCUUCAGGGCCUAGGGAUAUUUUCUGUUGGGCAUUUAAGUUUUGGCAAGUGGAUAUUUGUUAAUAUAAUACUAUAAUUGCUUUUUUUUUUCUGAAGGGCUCUUGGAGUCUUCAGCUCUUAGAAAGUGCAGUCAUUUUCUUUGUCUUGACGUAUUACUUGUUCUUUGGUAAAAGGGUCAGUUUGCCAGAGGUAAUUUGGUUUUAGUCUUCAUAUGCUAAUGACGAUCACAAGUGAUGGUGAAAUUUUGUUUAAAACUAAAUAUUUAGCAUAUGUAUGGACAACUGCCCAAAAUAUGGUUCUAGUUUGAACGAAUACAAUGGGUUUAUUCUAAAGCACUAAUGUUUUCAUCAGUUAGUCCAUGUUGUAACAAAAGUGACAUCUCUGGCACAGUUUGAGAUUUAGUUUGUGAUGUAUAUAAUUUAACUUUUAGCUUUUAUGUAUUUCACAUAUGGUGUCAACAGAACUAAACGUUUUUAGCCAACCUGUGUUUCUUACAGGGAUUAUUGUUUUAACGGUCAGUACUUUUCCCUCUCCUCCACACAAACAUUCUUGUAAGACCAAUCAUGAUUAAUGGUAGUUGGUAGUUUCCCCUUUUAUUCUCUAAUGAACCAUACAGUUUAUAUUUGCUUGUAUUGUAAAUAGUGGUUUGGACAAUAAUGAGACAUUGACUCUUAAAGAGAAAAAUGUUUUUGUGGUACAAAAUCUGUUAUAAGCUGAUGUCCAAAACAAAGUGUC